CCAAAGCGAACGCAUGCUAAAUCCACGACGGGGCAGCAGCUGUUUCUCUGACUUCUAGUUGCUUGUAACUGUUACAUGUAUAACAGCGACUGAUUUCCAGAAUGGCGACCGUCUUUACUUAAGAGAGAGUACUUAUUGUCGCUCUUAAAAGUCGUGUAAUUGACGAGCGUUUAUGAAGUUAUCUAUGCGCCCUUAACACGGUAAAACGCUGAAAAUGAUAAUCGACAAUCCUGAUCAAUUCAAGGCGUGGCUCACCGCUGUUCUGGAGCCGCUGUGCGACGCAGAUCCUGCUGCUCUGGCUAAAUAUGUCUAUGCAUUGGUUAAGAAAGACAAGACUUUGGAAGAAUUACGUGGCGGUAUGGUUGAGCAAUUGGAUGUAUUUCUGCAGCAAGAAACCAAAAGCUUUGUGGAAUUGCUCUUUAAAACAUUGGAGACUCAAGAGUAUAUACUCCCACCCUCCAAGAAUGAUCCAGAUGGUGGUGGGACACCACCUGGCGUAAACCCACCAGCACCAGUUGUAAAUCCACCCUCAACAGAGAAAAUACUGGAGACAACAAUUCCACUAGUAUCUAUAAUUACAAAUCCACCUGUUCCGCUUCAAAUCAAUGGAUCCGCGCCUGCUGUAGUUAAUAAACGCGAGAUUAAAAAAUCUGAUUCAGACAAAGAUAAAGAGAAAGGAAAACGUUCUCGAAGCAGAAGUGGCAGAAUGAGAUCAAGAACACGAUCACGUUCACGAUCCUGGGAAAGGGACAGACGCAGAUCCAGGAGUAGAGAACACCUUCGACGCGAUAGAGAAAGAGAUAGAAGUCGACCAUGGAGAAAUGAAUCCCCACCUCUUAAUACUAGAAGACAUGACCGCAGACGUACUAGAAGUCGCAGUACAUCACCAAUACGACCUAGGAUACGCGACGGUCCAGACGGUCGCGAUCAUCGAGCAAGGUUCAGAAACAGAUCUCCAACUCCGCUUCGAUCUCGAUCACGUUCUAGAUCAAUAGAACGGAAAAAGAUGGAUCGUUUCGAGAGAAUGGAGAUAGAUAGAACAGAUCGAAUCGAGGCAAGUCCUGGUGGUGGUACUCCGACUCAAGAUAGUAAUCAUGGAGAUGUAGACAUGAGGCUAUCUACAACUAGUCAAUCAAUACAAAGUGUUGUCUCUGUUGCGAGUAAUAUUCCAAAUAACCAAACAGGUUCUUUUCAACAACAAACAAAAAGACGUUGCAGAGAUUUCGACGAAAAAGGAUAUUGCAUGAGGGGAGAUCUUUGUCCUUAUGAUCAUGGGACAGACCCAGUUGUGUUGGAAGAUGUGGGAUUAAGUGGAGUUUUGACUUUUGCACCACAUGGCCCUCAAGCUCCAGGAGCAGUCCCAGUGGCUACAGUACCAGAACCACCACAGGGUCCUAAUGGUAAUCCACCACCGCCGCAUCUUCCUCUUGCCAGUUUACCACCACCUCACUUAAGAAAUCACCAUUCUAAUAUGGACGCUUUUGCAGAAUAUAAUCCGGAUGCGCCCAGCAUGGAGCCACGCAUGCCGUGGGGUAGACACCCACAACCCGCACCUGGGAUUUAUGGUAGGGGGCAAAGAGAACUGAUCAGUGUACCAGUUAUUCCCCAUACAAAUUCGUCAGAAAUAACUCAUACCCAAAGCAAUCCGCUAAAACGUAAACAAUCGUUUGAUUUUAAUCGUCUGGGACCGAAACAGAGAGUGGUGCAUAACCCGGCCAAUUGUUCUCUCGAACUGAAAAAGGUUCCACGAACCCUUAACAAUAUAACUCAAUUGAAUAAUCAUUUUUCCAAAUUUGGUAAAAUUGUAAAUAUCCAAGUUAAUUUUGGUGGUGAUCCUGAAGCAGCAUUGGUUACUUUUCUGCUACCAUCUGAAGCGAAGGCCGCUUACAGAAGCACAGAGGCUGUAUUGAAUAAUAGAUUUAUUAAAGUAUUUUGGCACAAUAACGUCAAUAAUAACGCGGCUGGUGGAGCUAUCGAAAACGUGCCACCGGGAUGCCGCCCUUCUGUGAAAGAGAGAUUAGGCGCCGCUGUAACAUUACCGGCAAAGGCUGAGGAUAACGAAUAUGUUCCCACGCGUCGUUCGACCGAGGAACAAGUCACGCAGACCUUAGUUCCAACUUCGCCUAAAGCUGUCGUCGUUCCUACUCGAGAAGACAAGGUUCUCGCGAUAAAGAAAACGCAAGAGAUGUUAGCGGCGAAGGAAACAUUAAAGAAGAAGCAAGAAGAGAAGCGGAAGGAGGCAAUCAAAUUGACCGCCGAUUUACGCAAAAGGAAACAAGAGUUAUUAGACAAGCAUCUGAUUGAGUUGCGCGCCUUGAUCGACAAGGCCGAAAAGAAUCCAGAACAAAAAGAUUCCAUAAUGCCAACAAUAAAGGCUAUGCAGCAAUCGGUUGAUAAUAUACGCAAGGACCUAGCUGCGAACGGUCAAAUCGGUAAUAAGUCGCAGGUAAAAUCUAGAGAGCAGACUCAAAAGGAGAUACUGGACGCUGAGUUAGAUUUAAUGACCGCGCAACAAGAGGGUCAAGAUGCCGGCGAAUUGCAAAAGAGAUUAAAUGAGCUUCGAGCCCAAGCGGCCGCGUUGGGUUUAAACGCUAAUCCCACUGUCGGUAGAGGCGCGAGAACUUCUAAUCGAGUUACGCGCGGCACCCACACGUUAUCUUACAGAGGCCGUGGCAGAGGAAGUUUUGCCCACGUCUCGGUAGAUCAUCGGCCAACGAGUCUUCUAGUCUCCGGUUACGAAACCGAGGAAAAGGCGGAGGUUUUGGCGCAUUUUCAACAAUUUGGUGAAAUAAUGAAUCAAAUAGUAGACGAUGCAACUCCUUCAAUCGUGAUCAAUUUUAAAUCGAGAAAGGAGGCUGAGGUUGCUCUAGUGAAAGGACGCACAUUUCAAGACAGACUGUUGUCAAUAACUUGGGUGUCUGGUCACCAUUUGCAUCGUGGAGGAGCUGGUAGUAACUCAAACACAUCUGUACAACUCUCGUCACGUUCUGAACAGACUGCUCCUGUCACAGACGAAGAUAUCGAUUUGGAAGGUACGGCAGAGGCGCUGCUUCUAGAGGAAAACGAGAACGAAGAAGAAGAGGAUGAGGAUGGGGAGUCGCGCAGUUGGCGGCGAUAGCAGCGUCAGCGUCAGGAUAGGAGCCGCUUGUGACAGGAGCUUGGUGUCAAACGUAACGACAGCGUGAUCAUCCGGGCCGGCCGUAUGCGUCCCGGCACUUACGCCUACAUUGCUGCACCGCCGUUUGAUGCAUUCAUUGCCAUGAUGAUUUUCACGAAGAAAUCGGAUUAUGUCGUGCUCAUCAGCGUUAUCAUGAAUGUUACACUAUUUGUUAAUAUUAUUGAAUAUACUAUACAUGCGCACCGACAAUGGUACGAUAUUGUACCAUAUUGAAUAUGGCGCGUCACGAAUAGAGAAAAAAAAAAGAAAAAGAAAAACUGCAGAACUUUCCAAAACAAGAGUAAUAAUCGAAAUUUAUCCCCAUCAUUUGUAGAAUAAAAUCGCUAUGUUUUAUAUGGGAAAAAAAGAAACACCUUAUUCUAACUUUCAAGUCCUCUUCUUCUAUAUGUAGAAACUCAAACCGUGCGUUUCCUAGCUCUUGUUGUUUUAAAGGCUCGUUAGAUAAACAUUAGGAUAAGUAGGAGCUUGUAAUUUCGAGAAUAUUCAGGUUUUUUCACUCGAAGAAUGAGUAAACUAUAUUUGUAACUUGUACAAUACGAAGGUAUGAUAGGUACUCGCGAUUAUACUAUAUUGUAUUACUCAAUGAUAAGUCAUAACACACUUCAUUCGAUUGGCUGUUGACUUUUAUCUCUAUUGUAUCUAUUUAAAACGGUUCUUGUAAUAAUGCAAAGUAUAAUGUAUCAUUCUUAUUGUUUCUUUUUAAAAGAUGUCAAUGAAUUAGAUUGCUGAAAAUCAUACAAUGUGAUACUUCGCGCAUCAUUUACAUAAAUUCUUUCAAUCCAGA